AUGUCCGACGACUUUGCUACAGAGGCGUUUGCGCUUCUGGGCGUGGGGCUCGGAGUCAUCGCUUUGCGGACGUAUGCGCGAAUUAGCGCCGUCGGCGUGAAGCAUCUGCAGGCGGAUGACUAUUUGAUGCUUCUUGUCGCAUGCACAUAUUCGGCCGAGACUGCUCUCGCAUAUAGCGUCGGAGCAUACUGGCAAGGGCUUGCGAACAAUGGCAUGACGGAUGAACAGAGGAAAAAUCUAGAUCCCAUUAGCGAAGAGUACAGGAUAAGAGUCAACGGGUCAAAAACACAAAUUGCGGGAUGGAUCACGUACAGCUGUCUGGUGCUCUGGCCCGCGAAAGCCGCCAUGUGCACCUUUUUCCUUCGCCUCACGGUGCGUCCAAUCCUCGAGACAUGCGGUUACGGCCACGAAGCUGACAGAUACGUGCAGGAAGGACUUCAUAACUUCCAAAAGCGAAUUUACGGAGGUUUCGCACUGAUUGUGAUUACAUGGCUCACGGUGUUCUUCUCAAUAAUCUUCAGCUGCUUUCCGACGCACAAGAACUGGCAAAUCUACCCCGACCCAGGGAAUGUAUGUCAACCUGCGAUUUCCAAGGUCAACAUUCUCGUCACUGUCGUCUUGAACGUUUUGACCGAUCUCUAUCUUAUGAGCAUCCCGAUCCCAAUGCUAUGGUUCUCAAAGUUGCCCUUGAGGAAGAAGCUGGGACUGAUUGUACUUUUUUCGGGAGGAAUAUUUGUGACGAUGGCAGGAAUCCUGCGCUGCGUCCUCAUUAUAUCGGUAGGCUACAGUCGCAUUCUCCGUGUUCGGGCCAACCUAAUACUUUCUCAGGACCCCGUCAAUGGCGCUUCACAAGCAGGAUCGUGGGCCGUUCGCGAGACUUUCGUCGCGGUUGUCACUACCAACGUUCCCAUGAUCUUUCCCCUCAUCCGCAGGUGGUUUAGCCCCAUUUUUGGCACCGUCGUCAGCACCCUACCUCUCAGCAACACGAACAACAAGUACGGCUCGAAAGGACCCAAUUUGCCUCAACCCGGAAGCAUCAAGCUCGACGACGUGCCGGAUAGCAAGAACCGCAAAAAGGGACGACAGCCGUUCAGCCAGUACCCCAUCACCGAGAUCACCGGAACAGGUAGUGAGGAGCAUCUGAACCAGCCGCGGAAUACACCACCAAUGCCAACGUCUGGAGGGAUCAGCAAAAACGUGGAGAUCACGAUUGAAGAGUCCAAGCGGGAUAGCAGAAGAGAACUGGAUAGUAGAUCGGAGGAUAGCCUUGAGAGGGGAGACGCGUAUUUCACGGUUGACGUCAACGGCGGUGGGGACAGGGGACAUGGUAUGAUGCCAGGAACGAGUCGACGAGAAAGUUUUAAGGCGCCGGGCAAGAGGAAAAAUGGAAGAUACUAA